GUUCGAUAUUCUGUUGUUCCGUUGCGCAUAGCGUUUCCUUUGUUCAGCAAUUUGUCGUCUCGCGCGGUGGCAGCUCCCUCCAUCCCCAUGGCGCUAUCAGGCUUCUUCCGCAGCCCGCUAUUGGUCUUCACCACCGCGUCCUUCCUUCGCGCGGUGUUCUUGCUGUACGGGCUAUGGCAGGAUGCGAAUUCGCCGAUGAAGUACACGGAUAUUGACUAUUUCGUCUUCACCGAUGCAGCGCGGUUCAUUUCCUAUGGACAUUCCCCUUAUGCCCGCGACACGUACAGAUACACGCCCCUACUCGCUUGGAUGAUCUAUCCCACGACAUGGCCUGGGACUCUCUGGUUCUCUUCCGGAAAAUCGCUGUUCGCUAUUGGGGACGUGGUUGCAGGCUGGAUGAUGUACCGGAUUUUGAGGGAGUAUAGGGGUCUGGAGAAAGAGAGGGCCUUGAAGUUUGCGAGUAUCUGGUUGCUGAAUCCUAUGGUUGCCACGAUCAGCACGAGAGGAAGCUCCGAGGGUCUACUGGGCGUGUUUGUGACUGCGCUUCUUUGGGCGGUGUUGGCGAAGGAGAUGGUGCUGGCAGGGCUGUUGCUGGGGUUCGCGGUGCAUUUCAAAAUCUACCCGUUCAUCUACGCUGCGUCAAUUGUGUGGUGGCUUGAUGAGACGAGCGUCGGGCGUGUUUCGAAGAGCAGGACCCGAGGGUCGGUGUUUGCCCAACUCCUCGUGUUCAUCAACUCUCAGCGCAUCACGAUCGCCAUAGCUGGCACCGUCACAUUCGCGUUGCUCAACAUCGGCAUGUAUCAGAUGUACGGAUGGCCCUUCCUCGAGCAUAGCUACUUCUACCACCUGACUCGGAUCGACCAUCGCCACAACUUCUCGCCCUACAACACCCUCCUCUACCUCAACUCUUCGCUAGGAGGCAGUCAGAGCACGUUUGAGCUGGAGCGACUUGCAUUUCUACCUCAGCUACUCCUUAGCGCUGUUAUGAUCCCUCUGGCACUCGCGAAGAAGGACCUUCCUUCGACCAUGUUAGCGCAGACUUUCGCUUUUGUAGCAUUCAACAAGGUCUGCACAAGUCAAUACUUUCUGUGGUACAUGAUGUUCCUGCCAUACUACCUGCCUGACUCGGUUCUGCUCCGAUCUCCCACCAUCGGUUUUACUGCACUUGCAGCCUGGAUCGCAGGUCAAGCAGCGUGGUUACAGCAAGGAUUCCAGCUUGAGUUCAACGGGUAUUCUACGUUCAUGCCUGGAUUAUGGCUUUCCAGUAUCGUGUUCUUUGUCGUGAACGUUGCGAUUUUGGGCGUCAUUAUCUACGACACGAGAUCACGGGGAGACAGAACAGUGGCAGCAAAGAAGAGCAAAUGAUUGCUGAUGUAGUGUACAUCGAAGUUGCAUGGUACCUCAACAGCUCGCUCCCUUCUCAAGUUGUCGCAGCGCUGAAAAGCAAACCCGGUCCCGCCCCUGCAUGCGAACAGCGCCGUAAUUUCAUAAUGUUUGGUAUAUGUUGAUGCAAAGCCAAUGUCCCGGAACGCCGAUAAAAUGCCUGCAUAGAUCAGGGAGAUCCUCUAACCUCCCCAGACGUGCCUCGUGUUGAGUAGCUUUGGCGCCUUGCCCUUGACGCGGGUCACCUUGUAUGUGCCCUUCUGGUUAUCUGCAAAAC